AUGUUUGGUAGAUCAUUAUCAAGAUUUGUUGUAUCUUCUGCAAAUCUUUUGCAAAAGAAAUCAAACUUUGUUGUCAACAAGAAUGUUACUAUUAACAGAUCAUAUAUUAUGAUGAUGAACAAUAACAGUGUUGGAUGUAGAUUAUUCGGAUCAGCAGCACCAAAGACACCAGCUCAUCACAACGAACAUGACGAUCACGACCACGAUGAACACGAUGAGCACGACGAUCACGAACAUGAACACGAAGAACCAGUUGACCCACAAACUUGGAUGUUAGAGAACCCAGAUACAUAUGUAUUAAGAGAUGAUCACCCAGGAUACCCAUACUCACAAUUGGUAGACGAAACAUUACCACAGUUCACACUCGAAGAGGUCGCCAGACACAACAAGAGAGAGGAUUGUUGGAUUAUUGUACAUGGUAAAGUUUACAAUGUUACCUCAUACGUUGACUCUCACCCAGGUGGUGAUGUAAUUUUAGCUCAUGCCGGUAGAGAUUCAUCUACUAUAUUCGACAGAUCACCAAUGACAUCAAAUGCUUGGGUUAUUAUGAAAGAUUAUUUCAUUGGAUAUUGCCCACACGUUACUAGAUACGAUGGUUUCAACAGAUCCAAUCGUAAAGGAUCACACUAUCUUUCUGGUUAUGAUAAAAAUAAUCAAAAAUUUAAAUUAAAUACAUUUCAUACUCAUACUCAAUCAAAAUCAAAUCAUUUCAAACUUAAAUCAAUACCCGAUCGACCAAAUAGAAAAGAAGAAAAUAAGAUGAUGUUCUCAAGAUCUGCAUCAAUGAUGUCAAAGGCAUCUAGAAUGACUAUGUUCUCAAACAGACCAUUUAUGGCAUCCAAUUUGGGUUACAGAUCAUUUUCAUCAGAUAAAUCAAAUGCUGGUAAUCAACAACAACAACAACAAUCUACCAACAACAGCAAUUCUGAAAAGAACACCAACGAUAAUACAGGAAAUAGCAAUAGUAACAAGCAAGAGCAACAAAAAGGAUUCCACAAGGCAAAGGGUAUCUUGUCUUCAAUCACUGCAACUGUCAUGGGUACAACUAUCAUUUGUACAACAACUGGUUAUUUAUUGUACCAAUACAAGAAGAAUAUUACUGAUGACGAAAGAUAUCAAUUGUCUAGCGCCGAAAGAACCAUUCUCACCAACUUUGCAGAGCCAUUCAGAGAAUUCUUUGAUAACCUUUUCAAUAAUCUUAGAGAGUAUCCAAUGUUCGAAAUGAUUUUUGGACCAGCUGAAAUUCAUCCAGUCUUGCCACCACCACUCCCAAAGAAUAUGGGUGGAAAAGAAUUCACUCUUAUCAUUGAUAUCAAUGCUAUCUCUGAAGUUUCACAAAAAGAUAAACACCCAGCUGUUUACAAGAGAGCUGGUUUGGAUUACUUCCUAACUCAUCUCCUUCCAUAUUAUGAGAUCUAUUUAUACUCACCAGAUUUCCAACAACCAAGAGCUGAACAAAUCAUCUUCAAGUUGGAUCCAAUCAAUUCAUAUUUUUCAGGUCAACUCUUCUUUGACUCUGGUCUCAAGGAAAAAGGAAAGUUCACUCAGAACAUGAAGAAAGUAAAUAGAGAAGGAAACAAGGUUAUUUUCAUUGAGAGCGCUCCAACUUAUGAUCACAACAAUGUCAUCAAUGUUGGAAAAUUCAAACCAAACCAAAAAGAUUCCACUUUGAUUAAAUUAUUACCAGUCCUUACCGACAUUGGUUCAAAGAAGGUCAACGAUGUCAGAUCAGAGAUUGCAGUUCUCCAAGAUCAAUCAAAGGAUAUGGCAUCGAAAAUCGAUGAGUACUUGGCCACCAAUGCACCACCAAAACCAACCUCUCAAAAGAAAAAGUAA